GAUAAACCGGCAAGAAUUUAAGAAAAGAAAAGUCGCCGGCCAAUGAAAGAGCAGUAAGUACUACGUCAAUCGAAGAAGCCAAGUAACCGGAGAAAAACACAACUCACAAUUGGAAAAUCCCACAACAACUCAGCAUUUUACAAAAAGAAAGAAUUUUGGUAAUGGCACAAGAAAAGCAACCUCAAAAUCUGAACCCAAUCUAAUCUCCAUAUAAGAAGAGGCCCUCAUAAAACGUUUUGUGUAUCAAACCCUGUGUGAACCUAGAGACUUUUGAGUUUCAUUGGCUAACAGCAUCCACUCCCCCAACCCAACCCAAUCCCACCACCACCACCGUCUUCAGCCACUUCCUGCCACCACCCAUCAUCAUUUUGUAACAACCCAUUUCACAUUACAUAUCAAUAUAAUGAUAUAGUUAACAAUUAGUCGCUCUCCAUAUAAAUCAAAACCAGUCUUACCCUACAAGUUCCUACACAGUUUUCUAUUAUUCUUGAUAUAUCCCAAUCAGGUGCUCUUUUUUCUCCUUGGAAAAUUCAAAUCUGUCUUUGUCAAAUUGCUGAUUUAAAAGCAGCCAAUUUCUCUAUUUGCUCUCUGCAACCGAGUAAUUCUCUGUAUAGAGAGAUAGAUAUAGGACAAGAUGAGAAGAGGCAAUGAGGCUUUGGUGAUACUAGUGAUAGUGUUGGUUCUUGAGAUCCAGUCAUGCUUGUCACAACAGAUUAACAGAGCAAGUUUUCCUAAAGGUUUUGUCUUCGGAACUGCUUCUUCUGCUUUUCAGUAUGAAGGAGCAGUGAAAGAGGAUGGAAGAGGACCAAGUGUUUGGGACACAUUCUCACAUUCCUUCGGCAAGAUACUGGAUUUCAGUAAUGCUGAUGUGGCAGUCGAUCAAUACCACCGGUUUGCUGAGGAUAUUCAGCUUAUGAAGGAUAUGGGCAUGGAUGCCUACAGAUUUUCAAUUUCCUGGCCUCGAAUUUAUCCUAAUGGCACCGGCGCGAUAAAUCAGCCAGGAGUUGAUCAUUAUAACAAUCUCAUCAAUGCUUUACUUGCUGCAGGAAUUGAGCCUUAUGUCACCUUAUAUCAUUGGGACCUUCCUCAAGCCCUGGAUGAUAGAUACAAAGGAUGGCUCAGCCCCCAGAUCAUAAAGGAUUUUGCGAUAUUCGCUGAGACUUGCUUUAGAGAAUUUGGUGAUAGAGUGAAGCACUGGAUCACUUUCAACGAGCCUCAUACAUUUACCAUUCAAGGAUACGAUGUUGGUCUCCAGGCUCCAGGACGAUGCUCCAUCCUUCUCCACCUCCUCUGCACGGCUGGAAACUCUGCAACCGAGCCUUACAUUGUUGCUCACAAUGUACUACUUACUCAUGGAACUGUGGUAGAUAUUUACAGGAAAAAAUACAAGGCAACACAAAGGGGAUCCGUUGGUAUAUCACUCGAUGUUAUGUGGUUUAUUCCGGCAAGCAACUCAACAAAAGACAUAGAGGCAACUCAAAGAGCACAAGACUUUCAGCUAGGCUGGUUCAUUGAACCGUUGAUAUUUGGGGAUUAUCCAAGUUCAAUAAGAAGUAGAGUUGGAGAUCGACUGCCAAAGUUUUCCAAACCAGAGGUUGCCCUUGUUAAAGGGUCUUUGGAUUUUGUGGGAAUUAAUCACUAUACUACAUAUUAUGCAUCAGAAAGUUCAGGUGGCCCAAUUAACAAAAUCCUUAAUGAUUCCCUAGCAGACUCUGGCGCCACAACUCUUCCAUUUAAAGGUCUGAAACCUAUUGGAGACAGGGCAAACUCUGUGUGGUUGUACAUAGUUCCUGAAGGUAUGAGAAGCUUAAUGAAUUACAUCAAGAAUAAGUAUGGAAACAUUCCAAUCGUUAUAACAGAAAAUGGGAUGGAUGACCCCAAUGACCUCCUUAAGCCAGUUAAAGAUGCUUUAAAGGAUGAGAAAAGGAUCAAAUAUCACAAUGACUAUCUAACUAACUUGCUAGCUUCUAUCAAAGAAGAUGGAUGCAAUGUUAAAGGGUAUUUUGUAUGGUCUUUACUGGAUAAUUGGGAGUGGGCAGCUGGAUAUACUUCAAGAUUUGGUCUCUACUUUGUGGAUUACAAGGACAAGCUCAAGAGAUACCCUAAAGAUUCUGUAAAAUGGUUCAAGAAUUUCUUAACAUCUUCUUAAAUGUUGACAAAGUAGCCAAGCACACAGAUAUGCAGAUGAAUAAUUUAAAUAUAUUUUAUUUACAUAGGUCGGAAUUAAAAACGUUGACUGUGGCACAGAAAAAUCAUAUUAUUAUAUUAAAUUCAAAUAUGCACACGAUGAUUAGCUUA